AUGUUGCUUUGGGGCCCAAUAUUUCAUUGCAGCGAGAAAGAAACAGUAAACGACAUUUGUUAUGAAGAAUUAAAGCGGCAAAAAGAAGAUGCCGAGCGUCAACUGGUGGACGAGCGUGCACGUACCGUCGUACUGCAGAACGCCACCGAACAACUUGAAUGGAGCCUCGGUGAAUUUAAGCAGUGGCUGAGCGACGCUCGAGCAAGAAUCGGCGACCUGGAGAGGAUGUUGGAUGAAGAGAAAUGUAGAUCACAUUUAUUAGCGAACCUCAACGAGGUAUUAGACACCAAACCUGACCAAAUUCCGCUUGGCCAGCAAGCUGCACUGGAAGUCAAAGCAUUACCCGAGCUGAAUGAGGAAUUACGUACAAAGCAGCGAGAAAUUGACGAUUUAAUCACCAGAGCAAAAGAUGCCGAAUGGAGCCUAGGAGAACACAAACAGUGGCUAACUGAUGCCAACAACAGGGCGAACCAUUUGGAUCAAUUAUGUCACGAGAAGGAUCUUGCCAUAGAAGAUUUAACGAACAAGCUGCGUGAUGCUGAACAUCAACUUCUUGAAAUUCAUGCGCCAGACAAUAUUGAUGAGCUCAAUUCAACAAUUGCUAAUCUGCGCAAUGAGUUGACGGGAGCUGAAAAAACAGUGCAGGAGCUGGACAAGGCGAAGAAGGAUGCCGAAUGGUUCCUUGGUGAGCAUAAGGACUGGCUCCAGAAUGCUAACAACAGGAUCAAAGAUCUGGAAGAAGCUUGCAUCCAAAAAGACGCCAUCCACAACGAUACUGUGCGUACUCUAAAUGAGAAGAUUGCAGAGCUUCAAAGGAGGUGA